UGUAUGCAUACCGCUGCCACACAUCGUCACACACACACACAAUUGGCCUUCUGGUCCUUAAGGACGUACUGCAAGGACGUAAGUCCAAAGGCUAUGAGCAGACGACACAGGCAGCGAAUCGACUGAGCAAGCCCCCAAGAAAGGCCGGGAUACCCUAUUUCUUCCAGAGGCCGAGAUUGGCGCCUUUGUCGGCGAUGUUCUUGAUUCCGCCGGGGAGCUUUAUGAGGUGCUCCCAGUUCAUGAGGUCGAGGAGCCCGCCGUCACUCAUGGAGCACGACCAGAUAUCCAUCAGCUCGCCACCCUCAAUCACCAAAUACCUGGCCUGCACCCAUUCACGCAGUAGGCAGAGAGAGAGAGAGAGGGCGGCGCGUGCGCGAUCUGACACAUUGAUCGUUGUCGUCAUGCCGCAAACCUUGUCGUAAAUUGCAUACGUCACUGCCGUCGCAACUACCUCGUAUUUCCCAUACAGGUACCACAAGUUGUAGAGUUGGGAGCGUGCCGCCGCGUAGAAAACGAGCGUCUCAGGGAUGUCAUGCAGCUUGCCCACACCGUCGGCGUACAACUCGGGAGCGAGUGAAAAGGCAUCUUUGAGGGUGCGGACGAACAGCCAGUCCUUGAAGUCGCGGACCUUGCAGGGAUCGUUCUCGUGCGCCGAAAUAUACUGCACGCACCUCAUCAGUCAUGCAUCCAGCAGCACUGUCGUCUUUGGUCACUUGACGUACCCGUUGUGCCCUGCAGCCGAGCAGCUCUAUUGCGACGUUGUGGGCGAAUGUAUCGACCCACUCGGCGAGCUGCUUCUUGAGGCCAUCCCACUUGUCAAUGAGGUCCUCCAACUUCGUAGGGCCUGCCGUCUCCCCCAGGAGGAGCCGCUUGCCAGAAGAGGGCUGCAGUGCAGAUGGACGACAAGGAAAAGACAUGACAAAGGGAUGUGGCUUUGGAUGGAUGCUACGUCAUCCCCGUGGCUGAGUGCUGCACUGUCAGAGAUAGACUGCAUGCACCUGCAGAUGAAACUGCACGAUGGUCAAGACCUCUUCUGAGGUCAAAACGUCUUCUGUGGUCAACAGCUCGGCGCCCUCGUCGAUGACGGGUGUGGUUGGGGGGCCUGUUAGCACGCGCUGUCGCUGCUGGGACUUGACGAUGGCCUCGGCCUCGUGAAGGCGCUCGAGCGCCACCGCCGCGCCGCCCUGAGGUCUUGCUGGGGCGCCACGGCCGAGGGACGGGACGGCAGGUGGGCCCUGCUUCGCCUGCUCGGCCAGCAUGGAUACGAAGGCGCUGAUGGUCCGCCGCACCAGGUCGUCGUCCUGAACGACAUGAAGGCGAAAUAAUAUAUCCUUCCUGCGUCAGCAGGCAGGCCAGCGAUGGCUCGUCAACUGACCACGAGAGCUGCUGGCUUCAUGACUCCACCGAGCCGCCGCCGCUGCCGGUCGGCUGCAGCGCCAAAUAGGCCGUGCGCCUUGAGGAUGACGUCGAAGUAUGCCGUCAGCUCGCUGCGGAGGUCGGCUAUCGCCUCCGCAUCCAGGGUGGGGAUCAUGCUCAUGCUCAUGCGUGUGGGGUCGAGGAUGGCCUUGAUGACCUUGUCGACGUCGGUGUGCUGGACGGACCCCCUUUCAAUCGCCUCCUUGAGCACCGUCUGUGUGUCAUCGCUGCACACAGAAACACACCAAGAGAGAGCGUGAAUGCAUCGGCCGAUGUGCUGGUCAGAUAGAGAUAGAGAUAUAGAUAUAGCCAGGCGUGUGUGUGGGGGUCGCUGUCGCCGUACUGACUACUGUGAACGGGUGAGCUGGUCGAAUCUGUAGAGAAAGGCGCCGAGCAGCUCCCUGGUCAUCGACAUGAUGUAAUUGGCCGGCUCCUCAGCUACACACACGCGCCCACGCACAGGGAGAGAGAAAGAGAGAUGGUAGGUACCUCCAAUAAGGCCCCGCGCCGCCGGCCUUUGGGUGUCGGUCUGUCUGUGUCACUCGUGUGUGUGACGAUAUUGUCGAUGAAGGCGUCGGAGGCCUUGUCGAUGUCCGUGAGAUACGCAACCAGCUGCACACCGCAGCAGACGCCUCACUGUCGGAUCAUCAUUCUCCGUGUGUCUCCUCCGUGUGCUACCUUAUUGAGGUUGCCGUAAGCGAAUAUGGCGACCAUGUCGAUAUAAGCCUCGUACCGCUCCGCGUCAAACAGCUGCAUCUGGCCCGUCACCUAUAGAGGCAGGCACACACACGUACGAGAGAGGGAUUCAUCCAAAUUGGAGAGAGACUGGGGAUGGGCAUGGGCGAAUACCUACCGUCUGUGCGACUCUCUGCAGGAAGGAGAUCGCGGGUGUGAGGACAUACGCCGGCAACGCCGCAAACUCCUCGAACUUCGCCAGCCAUUUGGUGGUCAGCUCGGCGCUUUUGGCCACAAAGUGACCCAAAAUGUCGGUGAAUUCAACGAGGAAGGAGAUAUUGGGCGGCACAGUCGACCCGCCAUAGGCCACCGCGUUGAGAAAGGGAAUAGUAGGCAUCGGAGUCUUCUCUGCGGUGCUGAUGAGGGAGCCCGCGAUCUUCUGAGGGACGGCUGGCAGCUCCUCCAAUGGGUUGUAGAUGGGCAGUCCCUUUGGCAAGCCUGAGGGCGGCGAGGGAAUGAGCUCCACAAUGCGCUUGAAGUAGACGUCCAAGUUCAGAAGGUGGGUCACGGGCAGCAUUGGGGGCAGAUAGGGCAGCUUGGUGAAG